AUGGACUGGUUGCCUUUAUUCGCGAAACAGCGACCCUCACGCCCGCGAUACUAUGAGCUCCUCCCCUCUGCGUCCCCGAAGGCACUCUUGCGCUGCCGAAUUGUGACCUUCCUAAUCUGCUGUGCCCUACUCGCCUUUCUGCUAUUCUCGACCUCCUUGGGUGCACAUAUGCCGGCGAAAUACACCUCUAUCGACCAAGCCACAUACGAAACUUGCACGGUGGACGAGAGCGUUGUGAGCGGUGGAUACUUGCGGCCUCAUACGGGCGAAUAUGUCGCGCCACACGAAGACGAGUGGACAUGGGAACGAGUACGGACGAUGGUCGAGGAGACGAGCGGUUUCUAUGUGCGCGAUUGGCCAUUGCAGCUGGGUUGGAAUAAUAUGCGCUAUAUCAUUGAAGCCGGACUAUUGCACGCGUCGUUGUUGAAUCGUACCCUUGUCAUCCCCUCGUUUGUCUACGCCCGCUCUUGUCUGUAUGACUUCGACGUAUGCUCUGUCUUCGCACAGAAGUUCCACCGCGGGGACGAGAUCGGGAUGGGCGAUUUCAAGUAUCUUUCUGACGCCGAACAGAUCGCCUGGCGCCUACCCAUCUCGCUUAUGUUGGAUCUCCCGCGCAUUCGCCGCGCACACUCCGUCAUCACCGUAUCCGAAUACCUCCGCUUACAAGAGCUGAAUCCCAAGCUCGAGCUUGGUAAUGGGUCGUGGAGUGCGACACUCUACCACGAGGGUCCACAGAAACCGACGCUUCGCAGUCUCACAACGUCUGAUUGGGACGAGGGCUUCGUGCGCGUCGACCGUGAAUACGACUUACCGAAGCCGAAAGACGUAGGCGGUGCGAUUGAUGUGGCGUUGCGCGGACAACUGCACGAGCACGGCACGAUUGAGAUCGGCCAUGCCCAGAAUGUCAUGCACGACCAGGCUCAUGCGCAAUGGGAAAGCAUCGCAGAGCUUGAGCAACUAUUGCACAACGCCGGUUGGGGCGUACUGCACACCUUCCGAGGCAGCUUCGUCGAGAUGUUCAAAGCCGUCACGGACUGGGAGACGGAAGUCGCACCUCUGGAGAGUAUGCGCGGACUCGUGGACGGGCUUGGGAUGGAGCCAGCCAACGUGGUGCAUGUUCAGGGAGAGACCCAUUGGAACCGGAAGGCAGGCCAAUUGCGGUUCACGACGGGGGAGGCUCGCACACAAUUCGCUGGGCUUGUGUUGCAUGGUGUACACCCGAUCCCGGCUGUCCGCGCUUUAGGUGAAUGCUUUUCGAAGCGCAUGCUUGAUCUCAACAAUGGGCGCCAGUACUUGGCGGCUCAUAUGCGCCGAGGGGAUUUCUCGGUGCUCAAGUAUGCGGCGGAGAGGACUAUUCAAGACCACACCGCGCGCAUCAAGGACCGGCUUCACAAUGGUUUGACGUCGCUACGCGAAUGGGCACAUUCUGGAUGGAGGCCUGUCGACGUACCUGGUAUCGCGCUAGACAACUUCGGCAAGAACGCACAGCCACCUCUCGAAAAUGAUGCCUUCUUCCUGGCUACAGACACAACGGACGUGAUGGAACUCGAAUAUGUGCAUCGAGAAGGCGCUAUUCUCCUCGCAGAUCUAAUGCAGGCUGAGGACGAGCGAUUGCUCGGGUGGCCUGCACUCUUUGGAGACGUACGCGCUCAAGUCGAGCAGGAGGUAGCUGCUCAUGCGGCGUUCUUCUAUGGACAUAGCAUGAGCUCUGUCGCAGGUGGCAUUGCUAAUCUUCGCGGGGCGAGGGGAAAGGAUCCAAGGACUUGUUAUGUUGAUUGA